ACGAGACUUGUGAUGUUAUUCGACCAUCUACGUGAAAUGCUCUAGCUUGACUCUCCUGCACAGUCGCAGUCAGCAGCAAACAUACGUCGAUCCAAUACGGAUUUAGCGGCCAAUUGCAAGCAACGCCGCAGCUCAUUCGAGAGGUGACCGGCGCCUUGAAAAUAUCACGAAACGUCACGGCGCAAAUGGACUCCAAUGAUGCUGCACGGAUAACGGACUCUCAAUGGGCGCGCCAGAUUUCAGAGCUCGAAAGCGCACGCUGCUGCUGCUGCUGCUGCUGGCACGGCACGCAGGACUGGACGACGUUCUUGGUCGGCCAAGCGCCUAAUGGACCCACAGAUCCAAUUACGUGGACAAGAGAGGCAAGGACCCACAGCGGACAGUCGACGGAACUCUAAAAUUGGUGUUACUAGCCGACGACCCAUGGCUGAGCUUGCUUCUAUCUCCUGGCGUCCUAUCCGGUCCUCAAAGCAGAUAUCCAGCGUGUCCUGGUGCUCCGUGUCUGGGUCGUCUCUCAUCAACUCGACAUUCGCGUCUCGGCAGCAAACCAACAGCAGCACACCCUCCAAGCCCCUCAUUUCCAAGAAAAUCUCGACCUCUCUUGUACGCGACCAGAUCGCGCAGAGCUACCAGAGAUCCUCGCGCAGUUUCAAUGUCCGAUGCCUCCUCCUUCAACGUCCCGUACCGCUCCUUGACCUUCCUUGUACAGCUGGACGUGAUCUGCAACUCCAUCUCACCCGCCGCGCAGUCUUCACGCCGAUGAAGAAAGCUCUUGCCGUGUCACGCAAGCACUACGUCGCGAACCUGCAAAGAAAAAUGGACUUCGCGGUCGGUGAGGUGGUAAAUGAGCUCUCGGUAGGCACCAUCUUAGAGGGAUCAACGGAGACGUACAAGUACCAGAGCGAGAAACAUCAGAUUGGAAACCAGCUGCCGAAAUGGUGCUUGCGUCGGAUUAUGUGGUCGCCAACGAUGACGGUACGCGCUGGCGGUGUGUAGUCGAAGCUGUCGAUGCGAGUGCAGGCCGUAGUGAUAUGGUUGUUGUCAAUAGAGCUAUUUAAAGAAAUUUACGGACAGCUUCUGUG